AUGGGUCUUGGCGAGGGAGGGUGGUUUUUGGGUGGGUUGAAGACGUGGGCGGAGGGAGCUCCUUUGCUCCGAAAGAUUCAGCAGGUGGAUGCGUCCGGCCAGUCUGCGCGGCGCCUGGCGAACGACACCAUGAGCUCCGCACUGGUCAGCGCGGGAGUCCCCCCGCAACACGCGAUGCGGCUAGUUCAAGUCAUGACGAGUGCCAUCACCUCACCGCCUUCAGUGUCUGACGUGUAUCGCGACCCUCUUGGCUCACUUCAGUCGCUUUGUGCAGUCAUGGGCAUCUCCUUGGCGGAGGACUUAGUCAAGCCGGCUUUGGGCUAUAUGCUGCGCUGGUUCAAGAUCUCCGAGGAUGCAAUCCUGCAGUGCGGAUCAGCGAUAACAGAUCAGAACAUCCGCAGGAAGCUGUCCGACGCGCAGCGAAUCCUCCUUGACUUGGUCGGUGGAUCCUUCUCAUUAGAUCUUGUGUCUCAGCUUGGUCGGAUCUGUAACCUCGACUCUGCCUCAGCCCUCAUCGCGCCAACCAUUUCCAGCUUCAUGCUGCGAGCAGGUGUGGAGCCGCACGUCAGCGAGUUGCCCAAGCAGCACUUGACGAUUCCACUCCUGGGGGAGAUGGCUACCGAUGUUGUUGACCUGGUGAAGUCCAUGGCGGGCGUCGAGGCCGGAGAUGUCAUGGACGCCCUCGCCCGAAUCUGCAGGAACCUCGGCGUCGCGGAUUUCUUUGAGGACGUCAUUGCCCCAGCUUUGCACUCGUUUCUGCUUCGCCUUGGUGCCGAGCCCAGUGCUGCCAUGUCCGUGAAACGAAGCGUCUCUGAAGAGACGCUCAGGUCGCUGCAGGCCUUGGCAACAGAGAUGCUGCAGGGAGAAGUUUCGCUUGACAUGCUCAAACGCUUCUCCUCUGCCCUGGGCUUUGAGCUCCUGCCCAUGCUGAAGUCCAUGCUGAGAACGCUCAUGUUGCGGCUGGGAGUCUCCAGACCUGUCGCCAAUGCGAUGGCCCAGAACUUGGACCUGCAAACCUUCAGCGCCGGCAGGCAGACGGUGGGGGUGGGGGGGGCGGGGAACAUGUGGGAGCGUGUGUGA